UGACAUCAAGAUGGCAGCCUCCUUGCGCCGGUUGCAUCACAUUGCAUUCCACGUUAGAAACGGAGACAAACUAACUAACGAUUUAAUCAACAAGUACAAAUUCAGUUUAUUCGCGGAGAGACAGACGGAUACAUCGAGGCAGGUGGCUUUAAAGAAUGGAUCGGCUGUUUUUGUUGUCAACGAAAGACAUAACCUUGCCUUUCUCGAGAAGAAAGGGCAAAUGAAUACUCUUUUGAAUGAGCGGGUCAACGACUACCGUGGUCUCGAAACUUUUGACUACAAACACAUCGGAUUUGAGCACGAACCGGAGUUUCUUUACGGUUCUUGUCAGCCCUACGCCGUAAACACAGCAUGUAACGUUUCUUUUGAAGUCAACGAUGUAGAAGGCUCUUCCAAAAGGCUUCGUAACCAAGGAUGUGAUAUUCUGGUUCCACCCACAAAAGUACAGGACAGGUGUGGCUACGUUACCUACUCGGUGAUCAGAUCUAUUGUGGGGAAUGUGUGCCACACGCUCAUCGACAGGACAAAUUACGGUGGGGAUUUCCUACCAGGAUUUGGUAAACUUGACAAUGCCAACAAUAACGUCCGAUCCGUGGCAGUUGGUAACUCUUGCGACAUAACUCAUUUUGACCACAUUACCUACGCAUGCCCCCAGCAAUGCACUCCCGAAAUAUUGGAAUGGUACGAGAGGAUGUUUGGUUUUGAGAGAUUUCUUAUGAGUAGAGAUGAAGAUGUGGAUGAGGGGUAUGUUAUUACUGGAGACAGUAUUGGGCUUCGUCUGACAGCUAUGCAGUUCUGGAAAUGCAGUGAAGUGGGGCUGAAACUCCCAUCACACAGCAAGAAACAGCAAGACUGCAAGUUUGUGGUGGCUGAAUCCUUACCACAGCAAGGGAGGAAUCAAGUGGACACUUUCCUGGAGCAGCAUCACGGUCCUGGUAUACAGCAUGUUGGCCUGUACACUCCGGACAUCAUCUCUACUUCCAGGACGAUGGAGGAGUCUGGAGUGGAGUUUGUUUCUCCUCCACCUGCCUACUACACUGAGGUGGGGAAGCAGAAGGAGAUCCUUGAAGCAGGUCACGACCCCCAGCUGCUGUCCCAGCAAGGGAUCCUCUUGGAUGCAGAGUUGGAGAAUGAGACUCCCCAGGUCAGAUCUCAAGAUGAGACCACCAACAACAAAAGGCACCUCCUGCAGGUCUUCACAAAGCCACUUUUUUCUGAAGACACAUUUUUUCUGGAGGUGAUUGAGCGGAGGGGAGCGUCCGGUUUUGGAGAAGGAAAUAUCCGAGCUCUUUGGAGAUCAGUGCAAGCAUACAUGGAAUGCCAGAAGCAAAAACAAACAACUCACCAGACCAAGGUUGUGAAGAUGUAGGUUUAGAAUUCAAGUGUACCAUAUCAUUAGUUAAACCAACAAUAUGUUGUAAAGUAAAAUGAGCACUUUUAUAUGUUGCUGGAGAUGUUGAUCCAGUUUGUUCUGCUGUUCAUACUUGAAGAAAGGCUGUCGACUGCCUUGAGUACAAAUUAUAGGUGAACUGGGAAAAGAAAAUGAAAUACAGUAGAACCUCAGAGUUACAAACACUUUGGGGGGUGGAGGUUGUUCGUAACUCUGAAAAUUAGUUUUCAGUGGUUUUAAUAAAAUGUGUACACUGCUAUGUACAGCCUUAAUCUGGUGAAUAAUGCAAUACUUGUAUUGUUAUGGUUCUGAAGUCUUUAAAAUAAUACUAUAAAUGGAAAAAAGGCUGCAUUUAGGUUGUUAUUGAAAUUGUAACUGUAGCAUAAACACAGAUUUAAACGCCCAGGAAAAUCUGGAUUAACGUAGUGCUGGUUUUUAAACAAAUGCAUUCAUGCAGCUUGCUCAGUCAUUCAGCCUCCUUUGUUUUGAAAAAAAAAAAAAAAAAAACUGUACUUUGUUUAAAAUUAAAAUGUUCCCAGUAGAAUUGUUCAUACUUGCUUUGAAAUGUGCCUCACCUCUCGGUGUGAAUACAUUUGUUGAUACAGUAAUUUUGCCUUCACCCUGACCAGCACGCUGCUUGUAAAGUGCCUAUCUGGUUGCAUUGCACGCAUGGUUGAGUGAUUGCAUGCUUCCAGCUGAAAGUGGGGUGUUCGGUAGACCGGUCAGUUUGUAAGUUUGGUGUUCAUAACUUUGAGGUUCUACUGUUCAAGUUUUUUGGGUCACAUAGAUAAAGGUUACAGGUGACGAGAGGGAAUCCUAUCCAGAUUUAACCAAAAACUAGUAAUGUACAUCUGGUGUUUUGUUAGCUUUAUUAUUUUUUGGGGUAACAAAAAAAGCAGAGGGAUUUUUUUUUUUCAAAUGCAGCAUGGGAAGGGGAGAGAUUUCAAGAGUGUUCUCAGUGUCUGGACUUCUACUUGCUGUUAUACCAAAAGCCCCACACAGAUCCCCACACUGAAGAAAAGAAAGCUCUCCAAUGCCAAAAUCGAAUGAAAACCAAAGGUCACUUUUAUUUACAUAACAGGUUAAGACAGUUGACAAACUCCAGAAAGAACAAAAUGCAAAUAUCUCAACAGUGUUUGACCAUCAUUAGAAACACUAGACGGGUGUUCAUUCUGUUGCCCAAACACCCUCCUAAUCUCUUUAUGAAAUAGAUUAUUUUACAAGAAACAUUCUAGCAC